GUAUGAAAAAUAACAACAUUUGUAUGAUUGUAACACUUUUACUUGUUGGCAUAACCAUUCAAAAUCUGUAGUCAAAGAUACAAGAUGGCAGCAUGAAUGGUGGUGGCCUUUGUCUCUUGCUCUUCCGUCAGUUGAAAUUUCUUGCAAUCAACUCAUAAGUAGCCUAUCAUUUUUUAUACCCAAUAAUUCAAACCCCUUCCCCCUAUUCAGUUCUUGCAACAAUUUCUUCAAUUUUCUGUCAGAUAUAUGUUUGCUUUUUCCAGGAGGUAUGAGUCAGGAAAUGGAUAUCGAUGGAUGGGAAUUCCUCCCAAAUGAUGGGUUUCUUGAUCUUGAUCACCUACAUGAUGAUGGGCAGAGAAAGAUUUUUGUGGGGAAAAGGAAUUCUGAUUCAGGAAGUGUGUUCAACAUGAAUUACUUCAACAUUGAGUCCCCAAAAUCAUCUGGGAAUUCUAGGGCUUUGCCUAACCAGCUUGUGCCAGUUCCAUUUCAAUUGGAGCCAAGAGUGUACAAGGCCACAGAUGAUGAUGAUAUGGAUGUGCCUGUGAAAGGAAUCAACAAGUUGCCAAUUGAUGUUACCCUGGUGCCACCGCCUGAGAUUCCUAAGAAGAUCAAGGAUCCUCCUGAUGUUGUUGGAUCCAUUGAGACUGACCCAGAUGCAGUCUCGCAAGUUUUCUUCAAGAAAACUAACAUCAAUGAAUUCGUCGACAUGAAAAUGGACUCACCCAAGUCCAGUUCGAGGGGUAUUUUGCCCCAGAUUGAUGCAGGUGCCUUUAAUUUUGAGGAUAAGAGUGGUGAGGCUCUGGAGAAGAAUAUUAAUUCUCCAAGAAAGAGAAGUGAGAGCGGAGAGGAGGCGAUUUGGGAUGAGAGUUCUUGUGGUUUCAAUCUGUGGAAAUGGAGCCUCAAUGGGAUUGGAGCUAUCUGCUCUUUCGGUGUUGCUGCUGCUACAGUCUGCAUCAUCGUAUUAGGAAGCCAACAGAGAAACAGACCUCAACAGAACCAGAAGCUGAGAUUUCAGAUUUACACUGAUGACAAGCGGAUCAAGCAAGUGGUUCAUCAUGCAACCAAACUGAAUGAAGCAAUUUCUGCAGUUAGAGGGGUUCCAAUUACCAGAGCUCACAUAAGAUUUGGAGGGUACUAUGAUGGUCUUUAGAUCAGUGCCUUUUGGGGGAAAAUCUGGACCGUGCAAUUGGGGUGAUCAAUCUGCGUGAUCUGAUGCAUUUUUAUUUAUGUUAUUAUAUAGUAGGGUCUCAUACCAUAUCUUUGUGCAUGAAAAUGGUUUUACGGGAUGAUUGAAUGUAUGGAUUCUGAAUCCUGUUUUGUGCUCUGAAUUCUAUAUUGUUAUGUUUGUUAAGCUAGUUGUAUAAGAUACUGCCAUCCGUAUGUAUUUCUUUUUAUAGUAUGAUGCUAUGAUAAGGUGACCUAUCCAUGUGAAUUAUUGUACU